GCCACAGUGCUAUGGAGAGAAAAGGGACAAGGUGUAUCUGGUGAUCAAAACAAAAUAUGGCAGACUCAUCCUCACCAACGUCAGCACUGAAGAUGAGGGCAACUAUUCCUGCGCACUGAGGGGCUUUGAUGGACACUCAUCUACAGCAGUGAAGCUUGAAGUCAUGUUUCCUCCCAAGGACACCUCAGUAGCAGUCAGUCCCUCUAGUGAAAUAGUGGAGGGCAGUUCAGUGACUCUGACCUGCAGUAGUGAUGCCAACCCACCAGUGGAGAUCUACACCUGGUUUAAGGUGGAUGAGUCCACUCCAGUAGGAUCAGGACAGCAGUACAGCAUCACUAACAUCAGCUCUGAGGAUGGAGGACAGUACUACUGUGAGGCCAGGAACAAAUAUGGAGCUGAUAACUCUACUGCUGUGUCCAUCACAGUCACAGGCAUUGUAAAACAACAGUAUGCAGCAUUUGUCAUUAUUGGCGUCCUUAUUCUUGGAAUUGUGAGUUUGUCUUGCGCAAUACAUUGGAUCAGAGGAAAGAGUGGCGAUGAAGACCUUGGAGGACAUUUUGGCAGAUCUGAAGGGAGCAAAGCUGUUAAGGGCACCAGAGGGGUGAGUCAGGACUGCACACAGAGAUCAGAUAGCAUCAGAGAUGCUGUUUCUGGUGGCGCCAGAGGUGUGAGUCAGGAUUGCACAACCCAGUAUGCUACUCUGCAUCAACACACAUUUCCUCAUCUGAGGCUGGGUAAGCUUGCUGGCAGCAACACAUGGCCCCCCAGUGUGCCAUUCUGUACCACAACCUAUUUUCUCUCCCCCCGCGUGGUUAAAAGAGACGCUAUGAACCCACAGCAAUGCACCCUGAAUAUACUAUGCUGCAUCACAUCAAUAAUGGUGCAAAGACUCCGCUAUAUGUGUUUGGUUUUCUGUGUGGUCAUGAUCCAAGGAGUUUCUUGUCAGAAAUGGGGAGUAAACUUAACUCAUGACCACAUCUGUGCUGUGAGUGGAUCAUCAGUGGUCAUGUCCUGCUCAUUCACUCAUCCACCUGGUCUCACGGUGACUAAAGUCUUCUGGACCAUAAAUCCUCGGGCAAACAUAGAACCCACUGAUCUGUUAUAUAUGCCAACAUACAAGGACAGAGUCUUGUACAGUGCAGAUAUUGGCAACAACUGCACACUGACUCUGAGGGAGGUGACGGUCGCAGAUGCAGGAGAGUAUCACCCACGGAUUGUUACUGGACAUGAUAAAGAAAAAUGGCUGCAACGACCUGGGCUCCGUUUGACAGUAACAGAACUCUCUGUGUGGAUUUCCAAGCCAGUGACUGAAGGUAGUGAUGUGAAGAUGAGCUGCAAGCACUCCUGUGGAUUGGAAGACAACCCUAGGGUGAUAUGGAGGAAGAAUGGUAAAGAGUUACCUUUUAAUCAAGGACAUAAUAAUGACCUUAUCCUUGUCAAUGUCAGUACUGGAGAGGAGGGUGACUAUGCCUGUGCACUGAGAGGAUUUGAGGAACAUUCAUCUACUUCAGUGAAGCUUGAUGUCAAGUUUGCCCCAAAGAACACCUUCAUUCCAGGCAGUGAAUCUUUUGGUGUUUUUGUGGGAGGUUUAGUGACUCUGACCUGCAGCAGUGAUGCCAACCCACCAGUGGAGAGCUACACCUGGUUUAAGGUGGAUGAGUCCACUCCAGUAGGAUCAGGACAGCAGUACAGCAUCACUAACAUCAGACCUGAGGAUGGAGGACAGUACUACUGUGAAGCCAGGAAUGAAAUUGGUGCCGGGAACUCAUUUCCUGUGCUCAUCACAGUCCUACCAGAAGAGCAAACCACAUUUGUCGCAUUUAUCAUCGUCGGAGUCAUUGUAGCUGCAAUUGUGGGCUUCUCAUGUGCUCUCUUUCACAUGAUUAGAGGACAAACUAAGGAAGAGAUAUCUGUGGAGAGCAGAGCUGCUGGCUCCCCCAGUGUUGCGGCUGCAGGAGCAACAGAGGAUGAUGUCCAGUACUCCACCGUCCAGCCCCACGGCUCCACACAGACCACAGGAGGAGCAGAGGAUCACAUGCAGUACUCCACCAUCCAGCCCCACGGACAGACCGAAGACACUCAGCCAAAGGAGGAGGAGGAGGAGGUCCAGUAUGUCACUGUGCACAUCCUCAGACCUAAAAAGUCAAAUUCCCCUGUCCAACCAGAGGAGGAGCUCACCACCAUCUAUUCUACUGUGACAGCCAUCAAGAAGCCUAAGCAGAACAAACAGCAGAAGAAGAAGAAGCCUGUAGCAACACACAUAGGUAGCACGGUGUAUGUAUUUGGUUUGAACUGGGGAGAGAUCAUCUCAUCUGAUAAUGUCUGUGUUCCAACUGGCUCUUCUGUCGCCAUUCCAUGUUCUUCCACUCUUCUGCCUAAAGAGUCAUUGGAUAAAGUCUUCUGGGUUUAUGAAGACAAAGGAAACAAGAAUGAUAUCGCUUUAACAGAUAAAUUAAAAGGUCGAGUAGAGUAUAGUGACUCUUCACAAGGGAAUUGUACUGUUCUGUUCAAUGAUGUCAAAAAGACAGAUUUCAACAAAUACAAUGUUCACAUCAAACUGAAAAGAAAAAUCAAUGCCUUCAGCAGACCCUCUGGUAUAUCUCUGACAGUCACAGGAGUGGUCACAGGACAAAACGCACAUCUUUGGUGUAAUAACACCUGCAAUCCAGAUGUCCAGAUUGUGUGGAAGAAGAACGGACAACUUUUAUCUGGCCAAGGGACAAGCAUCAGAGAACUCCUCUUCCAAAAUGUCACUGUCGAGCAUGAAGGCAACUAUUCAUGUGCACUUAAGGGUUAUGAAGAUGCCCCCUCUAAUCUGUGGCAGCUUAGUGUCUGGUCUCCCCCGAAAGACAUCUCAGAUUCUGUAGGUGGAGGUUCGGUGACUCUGACCUGCAGCAGUGAUGCCAACCCACCAGUGGAGAGCUACACCUGGUUUAAGGUGAAUGAGUCCAAUCCAGUAGGAUCAGGACAGCAGUACAGCAUCACUAACAUCAGAUCUGAGGAUGGAGGACAGUACUACUGUGAGGCCAGGAACAAAUAUGGAGCUGAGAACUCAACUACUGUGUCCAUCACAGUUACAGGCAUUGGAAAUAACAACCUUGACAGGUACUGUAUGCACUCACUGUGGUUGGAAUCUAUGCAGUCGUGGGGUCCAUCUGUGGCACCGUCUGGAUAAGGUAGGGAAACAGUUUACAUGUGAGCAAAG